UUGCAUGCAACGGCAAGGCCGAGCCACACGCGCGAGUGUUUACCGCGAGUGUUAGACGAAAAGUCGUUACCGCCGAAAGCCUUUCGCAAUCGCUGCUCUACCUGGUGCUCACGUCUGAUCGAUCGUUCGAUCGCUAGUCGAGAAUGUCGUUCCGGUCUUCGGUGUCGUCGCCGUGCUCGGAACCGUACAUCGGCCCGAGCCUAGGACAAUCAUGCCCAGGCUCACAGUUUCUCACCUUCAUGACCCUUCUGGACACGUACAUCCGCGCCAAGGACGACAUAUCUCAGCUCUGCGAACGAGUCAGGCCGGUCGAUCCGCCCGCGUACCAGUACGACUACAUCGUCGUCGGCGGAGGGACAGCAGGUUCAGCGGUGGCAUCUAGACUCAGCGACCAUCCGGAAUGGAAAGUGCUUGUGCUCGAGGCUGGCCCAGACGAGCCACCUGGUGCCGAUGUACCCAGCAUGGUGGCCAUGUUCUUAGGCACGGCUCUCGAUUGGCAAUACCUAACCUCGGACGAAAAGAACGCGUGUCUCAGCACGGGCGGAUCGUGUUACUGGCCACGAGGCAAGAAUCUCGGUGGUACCUCGACUCACAACGGUAUGAUGUACAUGCGUGGACACGCGACAGACUACAACAACUGGGCGAAUCUGGGGAACAAAGGAUGGUCUUGGGAGGAGGUCUUGCCGCAUUUCAUGUGCUCCGAGAACAACACGGAGAUCAAUCGCGUCGGUCAUAAAUAUCAUUCGACCCACGGAUUGCUCAACGUCGGGAGGUUUUCUUGGAGACCCGCCAUUGCCAAAGACAUCCUAGCCGCGGCGGCUGAGAAAGGAUACCCGAUCUCCGAGGAUCUGAAUGGAGAUCAGUUCAUCGGGUUCACUGUUGCUCAAAUGAUGAACAAGAACGGCGUUCGUCAAAGUUCCGCAACCGCUUUCCUCAGGCCACUUCGUUACAGGCGGAACCUUCAAGUCGCUCUCAACGCUACCGUCACUAAGAUCUUGAUCGAAAACCAGAAAGCGGUCGGCGUUCAGUAUUAUCAACACGGAGAACUUCGUGUCGCGCGUGCCUCUCGCGAGGUAAUUGUCUCUGGCGGCGCUGUCAACUCUCCUCAAAUCCUACUGCUCUCUGGAAUUGGACCAAAGGAGCAUCUCAAGUCCGUGAACGUUACAGUUGUUAAAGAUCUUCCUGGUGUUGGUGAGAAUCUACACAAUCACGUGUCGUACACGGUGCCGUUUACCAUAAACGAGCCAAACGAUGUUGACCUGAAUUGGGCGGCGGUUGUCGAGUAUAUCGGGUUCCAGAAGGGACCGAUGGCGGCAACCGGUCUCUCCCAAAUGACGGGAAUCCUUCCUUCGAGGUACACUACGCCUGAUCAUCCCGAUCUUCAAUUCUUCUUCGGGGGAUACCAAGCAGCUUGCAGCGCCACCGGAGUGGUGGGAGCUCUCAUGGACAACGGACGUCGCAGCAUUAGCAUAUCGCCGACAAAUAUCCAUCCGCGUAGCAAAGGAUCCCUUCGACUGGCCAGCAACGAUCCUCUAGCAAAGCCCAUAAUUCACGGGAAUUAUUUGACCGAUCCUAUGGACGCGCGCGUCCUCAUAGAAGGAAUCAAUAUAGCCUUAUCCUUGGCCAAUACCACUGCUAUGUCGAAACAUAACAUGACGCUCAGCCACACGCCUCUACAACAGUGCUCGCAGUAUCGGUUCCUCAGUGACGAUUACUGGAACUGCGUUAUACGUCAGGAUACUGGUCCAGAGAAUCACCAAGCAGGCUCCUGCAAAAUGGGCCCGGCCAGCGAUCCAAUGGCUGUGGUGGAUCAUCAACUGAGAGUCCACGGUAUCAAAGGAUUACGAGUAGCUGACACUUCCAUUAUGCCUCAGGUGGUGUCCUCUAAUACGGCCGCUCCAGCGAUCAUGAUCGGCGAGAGGGCAGCCGCGUUUAUUAAGUCCUGCUGGGGUUCCAGCCCGACACAUUGGUAGGGGCAUGGCCCAUCCGGUGUAUCGAAAAACUCAGAACGAAAUGGAAUGGCCAUAAAUAGUCACUAGAAUUUGCUAUGUUUCCUAGUUUCCGUUCCACGGUCGAGAACUCGCUGGAUUUAUUACUUUGGGGGAUCAAAUACAUCGACUGGGACCAGGACGCCUGGUAGCCAAGAUCCUCGUCCGAUCUAGUCCAUGAUCUGGCGGGUUCACUUUCGAAAGGAAAUUAUGCUGCCGAGAUGCCAGCAGCGUAACGUCACCAAAGAGACGACUUUAAGGGACGCGAGCACAUCUCUGCCUCUCUCUCCCGGUCGCUGUGAUCAAGUCGAUCGAGAACGUGGAACGGAGAAUCAAUCAACGCCGAUGCUUAGUUAAUACAAUUAAUUUUUCCUUUUUCGUUCUUUCUUCCUGCUCUUCCUUUUUGCCCGCGAUACGAUGCCCCGGGAGUACACCGAGUUCGUCUUACGCGAAUUUACAUACGUACAUACGUACACCGAUACAACCAGCUCGGAAUAGAAGCGUUUAUGGCAGCUCGCGAUGUAACGCGAUUCCUGACGUCGUUCCUUCUUUACGCCACCCUGGAUGAAAGACUACGCUGUUUUUAGAACGAUAUACGAAUCCCCGUAACCUGUGCCUUAAUUAAAACCUGCUUAUCAAUCUUAAUUGGCUGCUAUCUGUGUCUGUACGAAAAUAAAUUGGCAAAGACUCGUCGACAGCUUUUUACACACAGAGAGACAUUUAUGGCUAUCUUACCGGCAAUUGUCAUACAUCGUUUUAUCUAAUUUGGGAAUGGUCACGAUUAUGUCUAAGCAAGUGAGCCCACGUGCUCAGAAACGCAGCACGGCGCAAACCGAU